CCCCAUAUAAUCCCCCUCUGUCUCCAGCCAGAGAGCGACUCUCAGAGACCUCCAUAGACCAAAACGGCUAAACGGAAAUGGCGUCGUCGUCUAGGGUUUCGCUAUGCUUCUUCUUCCUCCUCGCCGUGUUCUCCACAGCGAUCCGCGCCGAGGAGGCGGAAUCGAAGGAGUACGUCCUCCCUCUCGACAGCUCCAACUUCGCUGACACUGUAGGCAAGCACGACUUCAUCGUCGUCGAGUUCUACGCGCCGUGGUGUGGCCACUGCAAGAAGCUCGCUCCUGAGUAUGAAAAAGCUGCGUCGAUUUUGAGUAAAAAUGACCCACCAGUCAUUCUAGCAAAGGUUGAUGCCAACGAAGAGGCAAACAAAGGACUUGCUUCUGAUUAUGAGGUGAAGGGAUUCCCCACAAUUAAGAUUCUAAGAAAUGGUGGGAAGACCAUCCAAGAAUACAAGGGUCCUCGAGAAGCCGAGGGUAUUGUUGAAUAUUUGAAGAAACAAAGCGGUCCUCCUUCUGUCGAAAUCAAGACUACUGACGAUGCAACUACUCUUGUUGGCGACAAGAAGAUUGUUGUUGUUGGUGUGUUCAAGGAGUUCUCCGGAGAGGCAUAUAAUAACUUCUCGGCUCUGGCUGAGAAAUUGCGUUCUGAUUAUGAAUUUGGUCACACCCUGGAUGCCAAGCUCCUUCCUCGUGGUGAUUCAUCAGUGUCUGGACCCGUAGUUAGAUUGUUCAAGCCAUUUGAUGAACCUUUUGUUGAUAUUGAGGAUUUUCAUGUGGAUGCUCUAGAGAAGUUUGUUGAAGAUGCUAGUGUGCCACUUGUAACAGAAUUCAACAAUGACCAAACCAAUCACCCUUUUGUUAUCAAAUUCUUCAACAGUCCAAAUGAGAAGGCUAUGUUGUUUCUGAACUUCAGUGACGAGUCUUCUGAUGCUUUUAAAUCAACGUAUCGUGAAGUUGCUGAGAAAUAUAAGAAAGAAGGCAUAAGCUUUCUCAUUGGAGAUCUUGAGGCUAGUCAGGGCGCCUUCCAGUAUUUUGGACUCAAAGAAGACCAGGUGCCUCUCAUCAUCAUCCAGACUCCCGGUGGCCAAAAGUUUUUGAAACCAAAUUUGCAGCCAGAUCACAUAACAUCAUGGGUUAAGGAGUACAAGGAUGGGAAAGUAUCACCAUUCAAGAAGUCUGAGCCUAUUCCUGAGCAAAACAAUGAGCCUGUCAAGGUAGUCGUUGCUGACAGCAUCCAGGACUACAUCAAGUCUGAGAAAAAUGUGUUGCUUGAGUUUUAUGCUCCUUGGUGCGGACACUGCAAGAAGCUUGCUCCUAUUUUGGAUGAAGUUGCUGCCUCGUAUGAAAAGGAUUCCGAUGUCGUUAUUGCAAAAUUUGAUGCCACUGCAAAUGAUGUGCCUAGCGACUUUGAUGUCAAAUACUACCCAACUCUGUACUUCAAGACGGCGAGUGGAAAGGUCUUGUCGUAUGACGAGGAAGAUAGAACUAAGGAAGCCAUCAUUGCUUUCAUUGAAAAGAACCGGGACAAAAUUGAGAAACAAGCAGAGUCGGAGAAGCAAGAAUCCGGAAAAGAUGAGCUCUAAAUAGCUGUACAAGGAGAACAGAUACAUUGAGGCAACUAGUUGGAUGUUAUGGCGGCCGCGAUAUGAACUUUGAGAACGGUAGAGCAUAAAAGGAAGCAAUGUCUGACGUACCUCCCCGUAUCCCUCCUUCCUAUUUGUUAUGUUCGUUUUUCGGUUUCCCUUUGAAUUGAAUAAAGUGGGAGGUGUUUUCGUUGUCGGGUGCACUAGUUUCAGGGAUAGCAAUAGUGUUACAGUGUGCAGUUUUGUUAAUGUAGAAGAAACCCUCAGACGGAGUUUAUUUUACAAAUGCUCAAGUUAAUUAUAUCUCUGAAUCCCAGUUAUACCAUAA